AGUGCAAACGGAGCUUCACUCUGUUCUCCAAUGGCGACAACUUGGAAGCAUAAACUCUUACUCUCGUUGAUGUUUACAUUGUUUCAACUUAACCCUACUGCUUAUUCAGAAUCAGAAUCAAAAAUAUUGCUCCAAUUCAAGGCCUCCAUCAAAGACCCCAUGAAUGCCCUCUCUAGCUGGUCGAACACCACAGCCAUUCACCACUGCAACUGGACUGGGGUUUCUUGCACAAGCUCACAACCAUUUCUUGUUUCUGCGCUCUCCCUUCAAAGCUUGAAUCUCUCUGGUGCAAUCUCAGCUUCCAUAUGUGAACUGCCCAAUCUUGCUACCCUCAACCUCGCUGACAAUCACUUCAACCAGCCCAUACCACUUCAUCUCUCUCAAUGUACUUCUCUGGAGGCUUUAAAUCUCAGCAACAAUCUCAUUUGGGGCUCAAUCCCAGAACAAAUUUCUCAGUUUAAGUCAGUAAAAGUUAUUGAUUUCAGCGGGAACCGUAUUGAGGGGAGGGUACCCGAAAGCAUAGGCUCGCUGCAGCAGCUUCAAGUUCUUAACUUCGGCAGCAACUUGCUCACAGGAAAUCUUCCCCAGAAUACUUUUGGGAACUUCACUGAGCUUGUGGUUCUUGAUGUGUCUCAAAAUCCGUUCUUGGUUAGUGAGAUUCCUGCUGAUAUUGGUGGGCUAAGUAAACUCAAACACUUGGUGUUGCAAGGCUCAGGCUUUUAUGGAGAAAUCCCUAAUAUCUUCAAGGGGUUGAGGAGUUUGACAGUUUUAGACCUUUCCCAGAAUAAUCUUACAGGUACUCUGCCUCAGAUUGAUCUGUUUCUCCCAAACAUAGUGUCCUUCGACGUUUCACAAAACAGGCUUGCUGGGACAUUUCCUAAGAGGCUUUGUGGGGCUAAAGGAAUUACAACCUUGAGCCUGCACACUAACUAUUUCACAGGGUCAAUCUCCAAUUACAGUAUAAAUGAAUGCCUAAAUCUCGAGAGCUUUCAAGUUCAGAACAAUGGGUUUGGAGGGGACUUUCCUUCUUUGCUAUGGUCAUUGCCUAAAAUCAAACUCAUCAGGGCUGAGAACAACAGGUUUAGUGGCGAAAUACCUGAUUCCAUAUCAGAAGCUGCUCAACUAGAGCAUGUUCAGAUUGAUAACAACAGUUUUGUCAGUAGAUUGCCUCCUGGAGUUGGGAAAGUGAGAAGUUUGUACAGGUUUUCGGCUUCGAUGAACGGUUUGUUCGGCGAGCUUCCUCCGAGCUUCUGUGAUUCACCUGUGAUGAGUAUUGUCAGCCUUGCGCACAAUCAUUUCUCAGGCAGGAUUCCUGAGGUGAGAAAAUGCAGAAAACUGGUUUCAUUGUCUCUGGCAGGCAACAGUUUUAUCGGGGGAAUCCCUGAAUGCCUGGCUGAGCUUCCUGUAUUGACAUACCUUGAUCUUUCUGAGAAUAAUCUCACCGGUUUGAUUCCACCAGGCCUGGAAAACCUUAAGCUUGCUCUCUUCAAUGUAUCGUUCAACCAGCUGUCUGGCAGGGUUCCGAUGUCGCUGAUUUCAGGCCUCCCGGCUUCAUACUUGCAGGGUAAUCCAGGAUUAUGUGGUCCAGGGUUGCCAAAACCUUGCCUGAGUGAUGAUGAUGAUAAGUCGUCUACAGGCAAACCAUCUGGUUUUGCUAUAUUGACGUGUGCUUUAGUAUUUGUAGCUGUAGCUUUGGCACUCAUGGUUUCUGCUUAUGGAUUUUACCUGAUUCGAUGCCAUAAGCGAAAAGCUGAGACGGGCAUAUGGAGAGCACUGUUCUUUUAUCCUCUUAGGAUCACUGAACAUGAUUUGAUUAUAUCGAUGGAUGAGAAGGCUUUUUCUGUGGGGCCUGGAGGGACUUUUGGGAGAGUUUAUGUGGUUAAGUUACCGCGGAGUGGGGAGCUUAUUGCAGUGAAGAAGAUAGUAAAUUUUGCUUCGCAGUCUUCAAAAUCCCUGAAGAAUGAGAUGAAGACCCUGGCAAAGAUCAGGCACAAGAACAUUGUGAAGAUCCUGGGGUUCUGUUAUUCUGCUGACACAAUAUUUCUGAUAUCGGAAUAUAUGCCCAAGGGAAGUCUGGGAGAUAUGCUUGGGAAGCAGGAUUUUGAUCUGCCAUGGAGCGUGAGACUUGGGAUUGCAAUUGGCAUAGCUCAGGGGCUGGCGUAUCUCCACAGGGAUUACCUCCCGCGUGUGUUGAACAGGAACCUCAAAUCGAGCAACGUGCUUCUUGAUGACGAUUUCCAGCCGAAGUUGGCUGAUUUUGGACUGGAUCGGAUCGUAGGGGAGAAUGCAUUUCAGUGGAUGGUAGCAGCAUCAGAACCAGCAGCAGCGUCAUCUUGCUAUGUGGCACCCGAGUACGGGCACACGAAGAGGGCGACGGAGCAGAUGGACACGUACAGCUUCGGCGUGGUGCUGCUGGAGCUGCUGACGGGGAGGCAGGCAGAGGCACAGAAACCGUGGGAGCCUUGCGGGGUCGAUGUGGUCAAGUGGGUGAGAAGGAAGGUCAACAUCACUGACGGGCCCAUGAAGGUGGUUGAUCCCAAGAUCUUGGGGUCCUCGUCCACGCAGCAGCAGCAGAUCCUGGAAGCUCUACAAAUCGGGCUGCACUGCACUUCGGUGAUGCCGGAAAAGAGGCCAUCCAUGCCCCAGGUUGUUAAGGCCCUCGAGUCUCUCGCUCUCCCUCUCCCUCUCUCUCCAAAUUAGGGAUGAUAGCAUCCCCUAAUUUUCAGAUAUGAGUUGGGGAUGGAUGGAUGUUGGUUGGUUAGUUAGUUAUCUUUGUCCUGCCUGCUGCGGUGGAUUAUUAUUAUUAUUAUUAUUAUUAUUAUUAUUUAUCGUUUGUUAUAUAUCUAUCUAUCUAUCUAUCUAUAUAUGUAUGGCCUUGCUUCC